GGUGCGGAUAUCAUCGUCAGAGUGCGGAAGAAGCCCAAGAAGGAAAAAGAGAUAUCGUCGGCUGGUCCGCCUCCAGUUGGUGCACGGCAGUCCGUCUGUCUGUCUGGCAGCACCAGUGCCUUCCACUCUCUCCCUGUCCAUCACCUUGAUAUUCAUCCAGCAGCACACAAUAAUAUACCAUCACCACCACCAGCAGUGCGCCAUUUGUUUCCAAUUGCAAUCAGAUCCCAGAGACAGCCAACACACAUCAAAAAGUGAUCGCCAUCAGCUUAGACUUGGACAUCAAUAAAAAAAAGUCAACACCGGAACUUGUACAUUGAACCCAAAAGAAAUUCUUGCAAAAAAAGAUUUGCAGGGCCGGCCCUUUUGAAAAUCUCGGCGCGGAAAUUCAUUUCGACGAAGAUGUCCUUGUUGGCUUCGAUCCUCUUCUGUUUGUCCUCUCUCCUGCUGGUGGUGGCAGAUCUCAACAGUCCAGCAGCAACUGUCCAGCAGUCUCAACAAAAGAGUCCGACCAGCAAGACGGAGAAACUGGACGAGCUGCUGGCCGAGAUUGGUGACGUCACGGCCGGAAACCUCGGCUCACUUUGCAUUUCUCAGCAAUUCCGAUCGGUGCCCGUCACGGUGAGAGUCGACGGGUUCGAGCCGGCCCGCCAGAAGGCCGACAUGCUCGCCCGUCUCUUACAAGAUCUCGGACAACUCGACAAUCAAGAAUUGUUGAAGCUGCUGAUCAGGAGCGCCGUGCGCAGCGAGCGGACAAUCGAGGCGUCACGGAUGGUCACGUUCACGAAGCCGGCCACGUCCUCGUCAGGCGCCGCCAACAGCAACAGCAACGCCGUCAAUUUGCUUUUCAUGGCUCACGCCAGCCGGCCGGCCUCCCCUUACGCCGACCCUUCCCUCAAAGUCGAUUACGUCCAGCAGCCGGCCGUCAGCGACACGGCCAACUCGGGCGGCAACGCUUCCAUCCAGCAGUCGACGACGUUGCCCAAGGCGGGCGGAUCCGUCAAUCCCUCCGGCGUCCCGUCGCUAGGCAACGCGGCGCUGAGCGAUCUCCCUUGGUUUGACGAUCCCUUCCGCUCGACUUCCUCUUCCGGCAACUGGAACAAGUUCAUGAUCAACUCGUCCAACGUCACUUUUCUCGGAUGGUGGACUUUUCCUUACUACCAGUGUUCCAGCCGCCGCUGGACACUCACCUACUCCAUUCCGGUUACCAGCGCCUCGUCCAGCACCAUUUCCUCCGCCGACCGACUGGACGGAUUGCUGACGGUCGACGUGUCCGUCUCUUCGAUGGACAUCAAUCAAUGCGACGACGGGCCGUCAGACUCGUCUGACCAGCAGCAAAUUGUCGCCCAUUUCGCCGGGACCCACAAAUGCCACGAGACCAGCACGUGCCGGUUCGAACGAGGUUACGGCUGGAUUCGUGGCGGUUACACCUGCACCUGCCUGCCCGGCUAUUAUUCGCCUUAUCUGAAAAACGCCACGUUUAACGGAUCGCACGUCGAAUUGGCGUACCGGAACAAGUUGACGUUCAACAGCCAAGUCUACGACCAAUUGUAUCGCUGUCUGCCGUGCUCGGCCGGCUGCGACCUCUGCGUCGACGACUCGCCCUGUUUGGCACCUUACGACUGGCCGUUCAGGAUCGUGUUGCUGGCCAUCUCGAUGACGUGGGUGAUGGUGUCCAUCGCCCUGAUGGGCGCCGUUUACAAAUACCGCCGGCUCAAAGUCUUCAAAGUGGCCAGCCCGACUUUCCUCUGCGUCACGCUACUCGGUUGCGCCAUCAUGUACGCCGAGAUGGCCGCCAUUUUCCCCGAGCUGAACACGCCGGCCUGCGUGGCCACCAAGUGGACCCGUCACAUGGGAUUCUGCAUCACUUUCAGUUCACUCUUAAUGAAGACCUGGAGGGUUUCAUUGACGUACCGAGUCAAAUCCGCUCACAAGUUGAAGCUGACGGACCAGCAGUUGCUGCAGUGGAUGGUGCCCAUCAUGCUGGUGGCCACCGUUUAUCUGGGCGCUUGGACGGCCAGCGAUCCGCCCACCGGCGAGUACAUCCUCACCGGGCCCACCAUGAAGUUCACGCAAUGCACCUACAACUGGUGGGAUCACAGCUUGGCAAUCGGCGAGGUGUUUUUCCUGAUGUGGGGAAUUCACGUCUGCUACUCUGUCCGCCGGGCCGAAACGUAUUUCAAUGAGACCAAACACAUUUCGUGGGCCGUCUACAACAUCGCCGUCAGCAACAUCAUCUUCGCUUCAUUCCAUUUGCUGUUGCUACCCAACGUCGGGCCGGACAUGAAAUAUUUAUUGGGUUUCAUCCGCACUCAGAUGAGCACCACGGUCACCAUUGCCUUGGUCUUUGGUCCCAAGUUUUAUCUGGUGGCGAUGGGGAGAGGAGACGAGCACGACGCCCGGACCAAGGCCCGCGGUGUGACGGCCUCGUUCUCGUUGAACGGACUCAGUUUGGCCAGCGGGUUGGGUGGCAGCUGCAGCGGAGGAGGACCCGGCGGAGUCCUUGUCGGCGGAGGGAUGACGGAAAACUUGGAGAACUCCGGCAAUCCACCGGAACCGGACGACCAGCCCGUCGACCUCUACCGCGAGAAUGAAGAACUCAAAGAGCAAUUACAAAAGUUGGCCGGUCACAUGGAAUUCAUGAAAAUUGUCCACAUGGGCGUCAACAAUCCGCACCUCAAACCCAAGCCGGGCGGAUAUUUCAGUCACGGUAACGUGGCGACGUCGGCCGCCGCCGCCGCUGUGGUUUCGGUGGCAGCGGCGACUUCGGUCGGGACGGCCCCCGCCGCCGGCGGACCGUCCAGCCCGACGGGCAGCGGAGGCGGAUCGAGUCUUUUGCAGAAGCGAGGGGCUUCGGCCCUCCUGGAACCGGCCGUCGUCCACUUCAACUACGAGUCGGAUAUUCUGCUCAGUCGGAAAAAUUCUUCGGCUCCGUUGCGGAGCGCCGGGCCGCAGCCUAGUUCCUUGGGCGUCGUGGUCGACGACGCCGUCCUCGACGACUCGCCAACCGCUGAACUUUUACCCAAUUCCGGCCCCAGUAAACUCUGACUAGUCGUCAAUAGUGAGGAGGUUUGGCUUUGAAUUCCUUCGUCAUUAUGUCAAACAUCCGUCGUAUCCAUUUGAAUUCGGCGCCAACCGGAUAUCCAACAACAAAAAGAGCCAACCACAAUUUAAAAAAAAAAAUCAUUAUUUUCUCCUCCUCACUAUUGACUCUUGCAAAAAACAUUCUAUUGUAAAUAUAAAAUAGAAAAAAUGACUCGGCGCAAUUUUUAAAAUUUUCGCAUUUUUCUGUAAUCCAUUUCUGUCAAAAAAAAAUGAUUUGAAACAUAUUUUGAACGCGGUUUGUCUCCACAUUUUACAUACACGCACAUAUUUAAAAAUAAAAAAGGGGGGACUGUACAGAAUUUCACGAGGACACAUGUACACGACGACUGAAUAUACAUUUGGAAAAAUACGUAAAUUAGUUUUCAUUUUCCCGCCAUUUUCUUCUUCGACGCAAAUAGGGAAAAGAUGUCGCAGAGAAUUUUUUUUGUUGUUAUUAAUUUUUUUUCACUUUUUUGAAAUAAAA